AUGGAACCCGCGGCGGUGGCCGCGACUCGGGGGUCUUCGAGGAGGCGCGAGCGGCGGCUGCAGGGGCCGGCGGCACGGGAGGCGGGCCCUGAGAACCGGCCGGAGCGGACCCCGAAGCGGCGGCGGCCCGAGCGGAGAAUGGAAGAGGAGCCGGAAGAGGCGGUCUUCCGAGAGGUAGUCACUUUCACCUCGGACCCUUUGCCAGUUAGAUAUUAUGACAAGGACACCACCAGCCCGAUCAGCUGCUACUUGUCUUCAUUGGAGGCUCUCCUGGCCUGGAUGCCCAGCAUGGAGGACGGCUUUAACGUGGCCCUGGAGCCCCCUGCGUGCCGCCAGCCUCCCUUGAGCAGCCGCAGGCCCCGGACCUUGCUAUGUCAUGACAUGAUGGGCGGAUACCUGGAUGAUAGGUUCAUCCAGGGCUCCGAGACGCAGAACCCCUACACCUUCUAUCACUGGCAGUACAUCGACAUCUUUGUGUACUUCAGCCAUCAGCUGGUCACCAUCCCCCCAGUGGGCUGGACCAACGCUGCCCACAGGCAUGGGGUCUGUGUGCUGGGGACUUUCAUCACCGAGUGGAAUGAGGGUGGGAAGCUCUGUGAAGCCUUCCUGGCCGGGGAUGAGCGCUCCUACCGGGCCGUGGCCGACCAGCUGGUCCGCAUCGCCCAGUUUUUCCGCUUUGAUGGCUGGCUGAUCAACAUUGAGAACUCUCUAAGUCUGGCGGCAGUGAGGAACACGCCCCCGUUCUUGCAGUACCUGACGGCGGAGCUGCACCGGGCAGUGCCUGGGGGCCUGGUACUAUGGUACGACAGCGUGUUGCACAGUGGGCAGCUCAAGUGGCAGAACGAGCUCAAUGAGAACAACCGGACCUUUUUCGAAGCCUGUGACGGCUUCUUCACCAACUACAACUGGCGCGAGGAGCACCUGGAGCGGAUGCUGACGCAGGUGGGGGAGCGGCGCACCGACGUCUACGUGGGGGUGGACGUGUUCGCCCGUGGCAACGUCGUCGGGGGCCGGUUCGACACCAACAAGUCGCUGGAGCUGAUCCGAAAGCACGGCUUCUCGGCAGCCCUGUUUGCCCCUGGCUGGGUGUACGAGUGUUUGGAGAAGAGCAGUUUCUUCCAGAACCAGGACAGGUUCUGGAGUUUGCUGGGACCCUAUCUGCCCACUCAUAGCAUCUGCUCACUGCCUUUUGUCACUUCUUUCUGCCUGGGUCUGGGGACCCGGCGGGUCUGCUACGGACAGGAGGCAGCUCUGGGGCCCUGGUACCACCCCAGUGCUCAGGAGCUACAGCCCUUGUUUGGGGAGCACCAGCUGCAGGGGGAUGGUGGGGGCUGGGUGAAGACUCACUGCUGCCUGGCGGAUGCGUGGCACGGGGGCAGCUCCCUGCUCAUCCGGGGGGCUAUCCCCCCCGAGGUGGGGCACAUGGCUGUGAGGUUAUUCUCCCUGCAGGUCCCCGCACCUCCCAAGCUCUUCCUGUCCGUGGUGUAUAAGCUCGAGGGGACCUCGGCCGUUACAGUGGCCUUGGAGCUGAGCACAGGGGAUGCUGGGAGCUGUCACGUUGGCAACAUCUCAGUCCUGAACGAUACAAGCCUGAGGUAUAGCUCCCGGCCCCUCCGUGUGCCCCCUACCAAGCUGGCCAGGUGGGCUGGCCGAUGUGGUCAGCCGCUCAGUGGGGGCUGGGUCCAGCGCUGCUACGAGGUGAACCUGAAGGGCUGCGUGCUGGGGGACCUCUUCAUCAGCUUCUCGAGGCCCCCAGGCAGCCGCCAGGAGGAGACCUUCAUCUGUCGCCUCGGCGAGAUCCAGGUGGUAGAUGCCAAGAGCCUGCUGAGCCCCCUGCCCCAGGUACGGACAGUCACCAUGUCCCUCAUCCGCUGGCAGCCGGCCACCUCUGAGCCCGGGGCUCACCCUACACCUGCACACCUCCGGCUCAGCUGCACCCUGCACUGGGCCUGCCCACUGCCCCAAGUCCGCUGCUUCCGGGUCCACUGCUGGAGGGGUCCGCCAGCCGCGGAGAAGCCCACCUUCCUGGGCCUGGCUUUCACCAACCAGUACCGCGUGGUGGACCUGGAGGUGGCGGCUGUACAACCUGGACGUGACAACCGGGUGGAGUUCCUGGUCCAGCCUGUCCCCAGGGAGGGCUUCUUGGUGCCGCAGGCCGAGUGGGGCCAGGCCACCCUGAUCUACAGCAGUCCCACCCAGGACGGACUCUAA